GAUCACCUCAUGAUAAUUACAUUUCGAUUCAUCAACAGAAAUCGCAUACGGCUUAGGACAAAAACACAAAAAUACAAUAAUCAAUAGAAAUUCAACAUCAACCAGCAGCCAUCCCUUAACAGAUGUUUCCAUGGCAGAAUCAGAAACGGAAAGCUCUAGCCUAUUUUUCAACAGAGACCAUGACGAUUAUUUCUUUGACGGUGAAGAGUUAAUUCCCCAUUUCCCAUACCGGGCCUAUCAUCUGAAUAUACUCGGAUACUCUUUACCCUAUGGAAGAUUCGAACAGGAUAAACACCUAUCUCCAUACUUCCUCUACAGACUCAGAGAUAUUUUUCCAGAGCUCAUUUCAAUGGUCUAUGCACAUAUUAUUGAAGAGCCGUCGAUCGAUCUAGCUGCAGAAACCUAUAUCAAAGGAAGCAGUUUCAUUCCAGAUCCGGUUUUAUUAUCCAGACGACUUCAUGGCUAUCCGUAUAGCGACGAGGAAGGGGGAGGUGGACCAACAACGUCAUAUCCAAUCCCAAUCACUGCUUUUAUCUUCAAAAAGGAAACAAAAGCAAGGUAUACACCUACGGAAGGACUAGAUACACAGGCCUGGAAGAUUCAAAACAGUAGGGGCUGGGAAGAUCAUAGAAACACACAGCAAAUUCUGGAGAGGAGUGUUUUCAAAAAUCCAUUAGAGGGCACUUACAGCCAAAUAGUUCAAUUCGCGUACUCUUUGGCGCUCCACGAGGAUUUCCAACUCGGUUACAAUUAUCCCAUUUGGUGGUCUCCUGGGAGAAAGUAUAGUCUUCUAAAGGGGUUUCUAGGAUGGUUUUGGAGCCACUUUGGUCUGUAUAUAAACACAUGUAAUUGGAAUGUGUAUCCAAAGUUCUUUACAGCCACUAACCUUCUACGAUACCAUAGAUUAGAGCACCUAACUCUGCGAUUUUCCACCAAGACAAUCAAUCUCAAAAAUGGAGCCAUGCACAUGAACAUGCGACAAUUCAUGAUGAGUUUAUCAGAAAAGAGCUGCGGCGCAACAGGCUGCAGAGGGGAAAUCUGCGGGGAAGUAGGCUGUGGAGACCGCUCAUGGUUUCCCAAUCUUCGAAAUAUCACGUAUCUGAAUAGAAAUCACCACACGGAAGGCACUGGAGAGACUCGCUGCGAUUCAAUGAGAACUAGCUGGUCAAGACGCCUCAUCAAACACUUUCAAAACGUCAAACUUUCGAAGUCUAUUGAGGUUCUUUUUGAUGUUUAUCGCGAAACUGAGGAUAAGAAUAGCAGUGAUGAUGACGGAGAGGACGAUUACGAUUGGGAUGAAUCUCUCUAUAAGAAUUAUGAUCCUAAAGAUUACUACUAUGAUAAUGAUGCGUCAGAUACGCCUCUUCUUUUGCACAAUCGCCAGCUGGCAGUGCAGGAUUGUAUUCGUCGUCUCCUGAUGCCAAAUUCUUUGCUGAAGGGAAACACGGAUGACUUGGCAGAAAAUUUGGGACUUCAGGAAUUAUUUUCAGAUCUUGGUGCUUGAGUAUGGGCUUUUGCAUUGUUUCUAAUUUGGGUUUGUGGAUGCAAAUGAAUUAAGAAUGCAUUGUUAGUGAUACAUUUAUAUUCCAAAAAGAGAAAAGAUGCGUCAAGCAAAUGAUAGAAGAGGUCUCAUGGGGUGCUAGGAAGGAAAGCAUAGGAAUACUUGUCAAUGCUUUCAAUGAUUCUAUAGCAUCUUUACGCUUACAAAACCAGGAGAUUUGCAAUUAGUAAAUAAAUAAAAAAUUGAACA